CUGCCAUGCAAUGACAGCGGCCACGGCAACUCCGCAGCAGAUGAGAGACCGGCUGAUGCAGGCCAUCGAUGGCCAAAACAAUGCUUCCAUGUCUUCUCCCUGGACCUCCUCAAUGUCCACCUCUUGAACAUCAGACUGAGGGCUCAUCUUCACUGUCACUUUCCAACCUUGUUGCGGAUGGCUCGUUGUCAGGCUCAAAAAGACCCCAAUUUGUCUGGGUGGCCACCAAUUUUUCAACCCUUGUAUUGGUCAGCCUGUUGCAUGCUUUGGUGUGUGUGUUCCCAAACAAGGACCAGUUGCGCUCUAAGGUGGCUGUUGUUGGGAUUUGGAGGAUGGAGGCAACAGAGGAGGAAAGAGGAAACAGCCUCAGAGCCACAAAGUCCCUUCCACCAGGUGGCUGAUGCAAUUUGGCAAUCAUGCCAACAUAUCUCAUCUCCGUCGCAAAGCCCUUGCUUGAAAGUGUACAGACUGCCAAGAACCUUUCCCUCAUCCAGGCGGCGAGACACAGUAAUGAUGACCUCUGCACCAGACAGGAUGUUGUUCUCUGCACCAGACACAAUGUUUUUUUUGCCAGCAUACUUGGGGUCCAACAUGUAUGCUGCUGUGUGUAUGGCUUCAGGCAGAAGUCUUCACGCUUAUUGAUGUAUUUCAGAACUGCAGUUUCCUCUGCUUGGCGCAACAGUGAAGUGGACAGGGCAGUACGGAUUUCUUCUCUUACAUCUACAAGCAGAGUCUGAACAUCAGACAGGUUGGCAUUGUCUCCCCCAAUCCGUGCAAUGGCUACUGAUAUAGGUUUUAGGCUGCUUACCACUCUCUCCCAAAAUACAUCAUCCAGGAGGAUCCUCUUGAUGGGCAUGUCCAUAUCGGCAGACUGUGAUAUGGCCAUUUCUUGGAGAGACUCCUUCCCCUCCAGGAGAUUAUCAAACAUGAUGACGACACCACCCUCAACGGGUGUUGCUGGGCAGCUUCAAUGUGUUGCUCUUAUUCUGCUCACUUUGCUUGGUGAGGUAGAUUGCUGCUUUAACUUGAUGAUCCUUCACAUACCUAACCAUUUCCUUGGCUCCCUUGUAGAAUGUAUCCAUUGUUUUCAGUGCCAUGAUGUCCUUGAGGAGCAGAUUCAAUGCAUGACCAGCACAGCCAAUGGGUGUGAUGUGAGCAGAUCUGCAACAUGGUAGCUGUAAUGGACGUCAUUUCCUAUUUGGAGAAAUAUCCCAUCACCAAAGAAGCACUUGAGGAAACCCGCCUUGGCAAGCUGAUUAACGAUGUAAGGAAAAAGACAAAGGAUGAGGAUCUUGUCAAGCGUGCAAAGAAGCUCCUGCGCACCUGGCAGAAGCUGAUUGAGCCUGGGCAGAGUGAGGCACAGUCCAAGGGGCAUAGAGGGCCGCCAGGCGCUGCCAACGGUGCUAACAACCCCUGCCGGACGGCUGUCUCCCCUCCAGCUGUCAUCCCGCCUUCAGAUAAAAUGGUUUCGGAGCUCAAGAGUAGAAAUGACUUCAACAACUGUUAUUCUCCCAAAGCAGAAAAGUCAGGCAACCGAAAACGCAAAGGGGAGCAGAGGGAUGGACAGCACCUACCAGCGAAAAUCUCUAAAAAAACAGCCUAUGAAAGAACACGAAACUCACGGCUGCCAAUAAAUGGAAUUGGGGCCAGUCCCAAGGCUUUUAUGGACACACUUGAUGCUCAUUCACAUCCAAAAUCAGACAAGGAUGGUGCUGAUCAUCUUGACAACGACAGACUCAACAAAAUUCCCAUCAACGCUGUCAAACCUCACCCUAGCUCACCGGGACUUGCCAAACCUCCUAGCACUUCCGCAUUGCUCAAAACGGCCGUGUUGCAACAGCAAGCCAAAAUGGACCUGGUUGCUUCAGGAAGGGGGCAACAUCAGCCCAAAAUCCCCCACAGAAACUCGUAUAGUCCCAGAAGUACGAAACAGGAUGUGGUUGUUAAAUUGUCUGCACCAAAAGCAACAACUCUACUGAGCCCUGCUCAGAGUCCCAGGGUUGUGGACAGCUCUGGACUGGAGCCCUCUUCUUUGCCUUCUCCACAGCCUUUAACCUCAUGUAUCCAGGGUUCCCUCACUGUUGGGCCUCCGCCUGCAGAGUCCGCCCUUCAUCAGGACGGACCGGCAAACGUGGACCAAUGCCUUCAGCACAGUACCAUGAGACCUGACUCUCUGCACAACUCAAAAGCCACGUCACGCAGCAAGGUGAAGGCGGAGGGCAAUGGUGCUGCCACUAGCACAGUGAGAAAGAGGAACAAAUACAGGUCCAGAGACUACACAGUGAACUUGGGUGGGCAGCCCACGGAAGAGAGCACAAAACCAUGUAGAUUAAAAGACCGUAGACUUACUUUUGACCCUGUAACAGGUCAGAUAAAAUCCUGGACCCACAAAGAUUCUUACCCAGAAUGGGAGGCUACAGUGGUGCCGGUCACACCAGAACCUCGGACAGAACUGCUCAAGCGGAAUCAAUAUGCACAGAAUACCCCUGUUACUCCCAGUCCAUUCCAACAGACCAACUGGAAAGAGCUGUCAAGGAAUGAAAUCAUCCAGUCUUACCUUAACCGUCAAAGCAAUGUGCUCACGUCAUCUGGGGCUCAAACCUCGGGGGCACACUUUUUCAUGAAUGAGUACAUGGAACAUCAUAUCAAAGAGGCCAGAAAAACACACGUGCUGGUACCAAAUAUCCCUGACAUGGACUUACCUGGGGUGAGCCGAGAGGUCAUAAACGAGGACCUCGACAGAAUACACAAAGAGCACUGGCCUGGGGUGAACGGGUGCCAUGACACCAAGGACAACUGGUAUGAUUGGACAAAGUGCAUAUCCUUAGAACCACAUGGGGAUGAGAGCAAACUGAACAUUCUGCCAUAUGUCUGCCUAGACUGAGAGUUUAAUGAGCUGUGGUUUCUGAAUUAAGAGGGAUAAAUAGCGCCUUCCUUUGCUCCCUUCUUGAGAGUUGUGUAAGUUUGGAGUGCAAAAAGGCACUUGUCCGUGGUAGAACCUGCUCACUCCUUUGCAGAGUUGGUGUAAGAGAGGCCUUGCUAAUUGUGCUGUCUAUAAAAAGCAAUAGCUGAUCAGUGUUCGAUGGGAGACAGCUCAGCUGUAGCAUCACUGAAGUUCUUUGAGUGGAAGGGUUCCAUGCAUUGUGUGCAAAAUGCAAAGAGUUUAAGGUGCCCUGUAACUGUAUUAAGGAACCUGUUUGGCAGGUACAAGCUGGCAAAGAGAAUGAAAUGUGUGGUUAUCAUGUAUGCAUUUAUUUAUCUGGACUUAUUCUCAUUAUUUUGUUAGUUACAUACGUGUGCAAAACAACUUUCAUUGAAGUCACUUAUUCAAUCAGUUCUGCUUGUCAGAUAUGGUAAACCUGUGCUUUGCACAUUUUCUCACAAAAAUGUAUGGUUAACACGGUAGCAACAUUCCAUACCAUAAUACAACUAGAACGGUCCUUGCCCGAACUCCAAUUUAUAUUAAUAUACCGGAAAACAAUUUGCAAUUGCAAACCAGAUGCUAAAACAUUGCAACUUUGUACUGUGAGGAUAAACAGAAAAAGAAAUUGUUUAUAUGUUGGAAAUA